AGUCAUGCUUCUCGGACUUUCUGCGGACGCUCGCGACGUUGACAGUUACAGUACAGUGCGUUUCGCCGGGAACUCUGUUUGAUAUUGAAAGAUUACAUCGAUUAAAGUUAGAAGAGUCUCGGGAAAAUGAUCGCAUUUCGCAUGGACGCAGCAGCGGCUGUGCGCGAUAUGUGAGGAUUUGGAUAAAUAACUUAAAAACAGUUUGAUAGAGUCCAUCCGAUUUCGACAGGAUAGGAGGAGGAGGGUCGAUUAAAUUAGUCAGCUCGUUCAAUAUUUGGUGGGUUAUCGACAUAUGGACGCAGGUAACGUUAGUUGAACAUCAGCGGCGUUUUGGUCGAGUCUUGUGAUGGGUAAAGAUUAUUACAGGGUCCUGGGGAUAGAGAAGGGCGCCACGGACGAGGAGAUCAAGAAAGCCUACAGAAAACAAGCUUUGAGGUUUCAUCCCGACAAAAACAAAUCAGCCGGAGCAGAAGACAAAUUCAAAGAGAUCGCCGAAGCCUACGAUGUCCUGAGCGAUGCCAAGAAGAAAGACAUCUAUGACAGAUGUGGAGAGGAUGGGCUCAAGGGACACGCCGGAGGUGGCUGCAAUGGCCCGAGCUAUACUUUUCACGGCGAUCCUCACGCCAUGUUUGCGGAGUUCUUCGGUGGCCGCAGCCCGUUCGAUCAGUUUUUCGCGUCUGCUGGGGGAACGGAUGAGAUGGACAUUGACGACCCCUUUGCAGCCUUCGGGAUGGGCGGAUUUCCAAGAUCUUUUAAAUCUCGAGGAGGCGGUGUGCACGGGGGCCGAGUAAAGAAGAAAGAUCCCCCAGUAGUGCACGAGCUCAAGGUGAGUCUGGAAGAAGUGUUCUCUGGUUGCACAAAAAAGAUGAAGAUCUCUCGCAAGAGGCUUAACCCAGACGGCUGCACAGUGCGCACCGAAGACAAGAUCCUCACUGUGGACAUCAAGCGUGGCUGGAAGGAGGGGACUAAGAUUACCUUUCCCAAAGAGGGAGACGAGACGCCAACCAACAUCCCUGCCGACAUAGUGUUUGUGGUUAAGGACAAGGUUCACCCAGUUUUUAGGAGAGACGGCUCUGACAUCAUCUACCCUGCAAGGAUAUCCCUCCGAGAGGCUCUCUGCGGCUGCUCCAUCAGCGCCCCCACCUUGGACGGAAGAACUGUCACAGUGACAUCACGUGAUGUCAUCAAACCCGGUAUGAAGAAGAGGAUCGUGGGAGAAGGACUGCCACUGUCCAAAUGUCCUGAAAAGAGAGGAGACAUGGUGCUAGAUUUCUCAGUGAAAUUUCCGGACAAGUUGGGACCGAGUGCCCGGGAAUCUCUGGUUCAGAUCCUACCACCUUGAGCAUCUCAACCGCUGGAGGACGGACUCUCAACACACAGAUCCUAUGAUUGGGCCCUUUUGAUUUUCUAGAUAUUUUUGCACCUGAAAGUAUCAGUGGGAAAUACACAAAAUUUAAGCUCAGAGAAACACAAUAGAGCUCCCAACUGAUUACUUAUACCCACUUAAUUACAUCGCAAUGCACUUUUACUGGUAAUAUAUUGACCUACACGCAUAGUUUUUGUAGUACCUCCAAGUACUGCUCCAUCCUCCUCCUGUUUGCUUCUUCAGCCUUCUUUCCCCUUGUUUAUAUUUUCAUUUAUUAAAUUAAGAUUGCAAUUUUACUCUCUGAGCAGUCAACAUUGUACUUAACAGUAACAUCAAUGCUGAACAGUAGGGUUUUAUACAUUUCUGAGGAUCUCAGAUAGUGAUUGUGGAAGUGUGUGUGUGUGUGUGAUUGUGGGUGUGUGAAACCCCAAUGACGGGGCUGCUGGGAGCCGAGUUUCUUUGCAUAGAGUGAGCCGAGGAAAUUCACAAGGGCUCCUGAGCAUUAUCACUGUGCUUCCGGAGUAUGUUAAAGUGUGGUUACAUUUACUAUUGCUUGAUAAAACCUCACUGGGGAAAUGGAGUCAUUCCAGUCCACCUCAAAAAUUUUUCAAUUUUGAAGUAAGCUAUUUUCUAUGAAUGUGUGAGAUUUCCGAUUCAUUAGGCACUAUAGGUAAAUAGAUGGGUAGACCACAGACUGUAUAAAACAUGGGCAUAGUGUCUGUGAUGUUACUCAUAGGUUUCUGAAAAUCAUUUGCGAUUUUGAUAACUGGAAGUGGGCAAAGAGGCAGUACGUGGGUGGAGCAGGCAAUCCACCUGUCACUCAACUGGCCACACCCUUAAUUAUGCAGAAUUUUAUUAUAAUUUAAACAGAUGAGUUAGGGCAAGAUUAGCUACAUAGUCCAAAAACACUUUUCCGCUUGGGCAUCUUAACAUUGGGGAACUAUGGGAUUGAAUUCCUUUUGGAGCAUGUCUCUAGCGGUCAGUUGAUGAACUGCAGUUCAAGUCACUUCCAUGUCGGAUUCAAGAGAGCGGCAGGAAGGUUUCCGCUUGGAAUAGACCUUAUGCUUCAGAGAAACACGUGCGCAGCCAUCUUUAGAAUUUAGUUUUUAGAAUUUUGAACUUCUGAUUUUGUGGUAGCUCUAUACAGCAUCACGGUGGAAGAUGAAUAAACUGUUGAAGUGGGUUUACUUAAUGUAGAGCUAACGAAAUUUAUCUUAAACAUUAUAAUGUUUGAAGCGAAUGUUGUAAAUGUCAGAAGACUGGGACGAUUUUUAAACGAGUAGUUAAUUCAUGAAUUCAUGUGAUCUUUGUGUUGAAAAUAAAACGGAAGACAAGACAACAAGUGCAGUGCAGAAAUAGACAAAAUAUAUAGACCAAACAAAGUCUAUAGACCGUUUCAUCGGGCGCACGCCCCUGGACCUAAGUUAACUUCCGGUCUGUGUUGUGUAUAUCGGUCUGGCUGCGGUGACAUCUACAAACGCAGUUAAAGGCAAGGUGAUGAGUAGACUGAAGUUGGGCUCAGGUGGCUGUGCCGCGGGAUGUGUUUCCCAUACAUUUAUUUAUUUUUGGAGACUCACCACAAUUUUAAAACUGAUCGAUUUUCAAAAAGGCUUCGUUAAAUAAACAUGAGUAACGUUACGUAACGUACUGCACGUUUAAUAAUAAUAAUUCCUUACAUUUGUUUAAAUAUCAAAACGAAGUACGGGUGUUUUUAUAUCGCUGUAUUUCUGAAAGAAGACUUGCAUGUUAUAUGCGUGAUAAAGCAGCGUGUGAGCGUACCAGCUCUGCUUAGUUUACAGCUGUUACUGGGGAAACCUCUAUUUCUCGCACUUUAUGUCUAUGCUUUAAAACAUCUCCUGCUGGCAAAGAAUGAAUUAUCAUUUUCAUUAAGUCCGCCUGAUCCACACAAAAAACACAUUUUGUUUGUUAUCAAAAAAUAUCUACUCUAGAGGGACUUGGCUGUUGUUAUUGAUUCUAUUUGGAGUCUACCGGAAGUUAAGUUAGGUCCACAAAAGCGCUCACGCGCAUUACCGUUUGUUUAUGUUGAUGCCGUUGAAACCGUCUAUAAGUAGGCUACGGUAAAACUACUUGUGCUGCAAACUAGUGUGUUUAUAAUUAUGACAAUAUGAUAAUAAGAAAUACCUGUUUGCAUUGUCAAGCAGUAUAGCGAGCAGUUUUGUUAUUAAAACAACUGGAAGCGAAAUACAACGGAUUCCUUGCACAUUCAAGUUAAACGGCUGCAUCAGCUCGUAUGUUAAAAAUAAGGAGAAUAGGAAUCUGUGAGGGGGCAAACAUUUUCCCCACACAUAUUUUCAAAUGAAGCUGCUUUCUUUGGCUCAACGCGGUGAAUUUCUGUGACUGCUUUGAAACCGUCGCAGAAACGUUCCCACAGAAUUCCCAAACUCAUAGAUUCCUGAUGGAAAGACUAGAUUUCGAGCAUGCAGAUUCACAGAGCAAUGGUAAAUGUGACCGCACAUUCACACCGCGGACAUCACUCACUUUCUCCUGCUAGGAGUGACCCAUGGGUACCUGUGAUUUCCUUCUUUGAGCACAUAACUGCUCCAUUCAGACCAUCCCUCCUCUAGUUAUCUGUUUGUUGCAGUUAAGUACAUUUCAGGUUUAAAAAUGCCUGAAUGUAGCUUUAAUUAACUACUUAUGGGUGAUGUUUUUGGAAAGCACUAAUAGUGUGUAGUUUCAGCAAAAUUACACACUUCAGCUUUCAAGACUUCUAAUUUGCUAAGGAGCAUUCAUUUGUGGGAAUUCACACGAUAAAACAUUAAACACAACUUAAACCUUCUUUUGCUUGCAGUAAAUGUAGCUUGGAAAUAAUUCAUAAUAUUCUUUCAUGGCCUGGGAAACACAUUUUUAUUUUAGAGUCAUGUAUUUAUGCUGUCAUUGUAGUGCACAUGUUGAGAUGAUGUACAAUGAUGAGAUGGUGGCGAUUUUAUAGACUUUACUGGAUUUUGCAACUUAGAACCGCCAUUACCAGAAGUCAUUUUAUAAGGACUGACAGUAUUUGUGCCAAACGUAUGCAGAUGGCGAUGGCACAUAUGCACACAGUUUAAAGUACCUCACAAGGGACUGCUGCAUCAUCAGCAUGCUAUUUGAAAUUCACAAUGUUAUGGAGUAUGUGUGUUUCUGUAAAAAGAUGUUGUUUUUUUGUGAAAUGCUUCUCAAUUCUUUAUCAUAUGCAUUAUUUGUUUUUUAUUCCUUGCGAUUAAAGGCUUUACAAUGCUG